AUGGAGAAAUUGAAAAUGAUGUCAAUUUUAGCACGCAAAGGCUUCAAGCAGACACUAGACAGAGCGACUCGUGUGAUAGAUGCUUCACCUUCGCUUCUUCAAGGAAAAGCAAAUUAUAAAAUGAUCUCAAGUUCAGCACCAUUAGGCUCCAGUUUCUCCCAAUUUCAAGAAAGAGCAGCUAAAUUGACAAAAGAUGGCCAAGAUAGUGUGAUCCAAGCAGCACUUACAUAUCUUAAAGAAAAAGCAAAGCUUAAGGGAGAAAUUGCGGGUGGUGCUAUAGCAACUUCAACUCUUCUUGGAGUGCCUUUGGGACACAAUGCAUCAUAUCAUGAAGGCGCCACAUUUGCUCCUCCUCUUGUUAGGCACGCCAUUUGGGAUGACAGCACAAACUCAACAACUGAAGAAGGCAAGAAUUUAAUCGAGCCGCAUGUUUUUGCUGAUGUGGGUGAUAUCCCUAUCCAAGAUCUACGGAAUUUAGGAGUCAGUGAAGAGAGAAUAAUGAAUUUUAUCGGCGACUCUGUCAAGAUAGUGAUGAAUCAUGCUCCAUUGCGUCCCUUAAUUGUGGGAGGUGAUCACUCAAUAUCAUAUCCUAUUGUUAGAGCUGUGUCUGAGAAGCUUGGAGGACCAGUUGAUAUUCUUCAUUUUGAUGCACAUCCGGAUCUCUAUGAAAACUUUGAAGACAAUUAUUUUUCACAUGCUUCACCCUUUGCUCGAAUUAUGGAGGGUAAAUAUGCGAAACGACUAGUGCAGGUUGGUAUAAGAUCAAUAAAUAUUGAUGGAAGACAACAAGGCGAAAAAUAUGGAGUAGAGAUACAUGAAAUGAGAAAUUUUGCAAAAGACCGCGAAUAUUUAGAGAAUUUGACACUUGGUACGGGUGAAGGUGUAAAAGGUGUCUAUAUAUCAAUAGAUGUUGAUUCUCUUGAUCCAGGCUUUGCUCCAGGUGUGUCUCACAUUGAAUCUGGAGGUCUUUCUUUCAGAGAUGUUUUAAACAUUCUUCAAAAUCUCAAAGCACUUGUAACUGCUAAGUUGGUCAGAGAAUUGGCUGCAAAGAUGUCUAAAUGA